UCGUGUUACAGGCUGUAUCCGUUCACCCCGAGUUUGGCGAUCGAAUCGACGUCGCCGGGCUCGAGCUGCGCGCGCGCGCGCAAAACGCCGAUGGCUUUGUCGUGGUGGGCGGUCGGACGCGUCGGCCAGCCCAGUGGCGCUCCGACCCCGUCACCGACGACCGCGCGGCGUCCCGGCAGCGCGACGACGGCACCGAUGGCCAGCCGCGUCAUGGAAACGCUCAAGCAGUGCCUUAUGCGCCGGCUGAGGAGGGGAUCGCCAGAUAUGGCGGAGCAGCAUCUGCAGCCGGUGCCGAGCUGUGACAGCCCGUCGCUUCAGAAACCCUCCACUGACGGCGGGCAGAUGAGCUGUGAGAAGCCGGACGGAGGGUACGGCUGGGUGGUCGUCCUGGCCUCUUUUCUGGCGCACGUGACCAUCUACGGCGUCACGUGGUCGGUGGGCAUGUUCAACAUCAUGUUCCUCGAGUCGUUCCAGCAGUCCAAGUCGGCCACCGCCUGGGUGGGCUCACUGCUCAACGCCGUCAUGUUUGUCUCCGGUCUGCUCUCGUCCGCCCUGGUGACCCGGUACGGGUGCCGGGCGGUGGUGAUGGCUGGUGGAGUCCUGGCCUCCACGGGGCUGGCGCUGGCCGCCCUCUCCCACCAGCUCUAUGUGGUCUACAUCACCUUCUCGGGACUCGGAGGUGUGGGGCUGGGGCUCGCCUACGUGCCGUCCAUCGUCUGCGUCAGCCAGUACUUUGAGCGCCGGCGCACCAUCGCGCUCGGCCUGGCCGUCUCCGGAGUCGGGUUCGGGUGCUUUGUCUUUCCGCCCGUCAUAAGGUCUCUGAUGGAGGUGUUCAGCUGGCGGCUGGUGCUCGUCAUCAUUGCCGUGAUCGUCGUCUGCGCGCUGACGGCUGCCGGCGCGCUGAUGGCGCCGCCCAAACAGACGGCCGCGCCGCCGAACAAAAAUGGUGGAUAUUUCACGGAGCUGCGCGGCUGCCUGGGCGUGAUGCGCACCCCGCCCCUGCUGGUGUUCAGCCUGAACCACUUUCUGUUCUGUUUCGGCCAAGCCAUCGUGUACGUGCACCUGGGCGCGUUCGCCGAGAGAACGGGCGUGCUGAGCCGCUCCGGCACGGCCACCCUGUUCUCCAUCAUCGGCGUCUCCAACCUGGUGGGCCGUAUCGCGCACGGCGUCAUCUGCCACUUCCCGCGGAUGGCCACCAUCCUGGUGUUCACGGCCUCCACCCUGGUCACCGGCGUGUCCACCAUGCUGUUCGCAGUCUGCCAAACCGCCACCACUCUGUCGGUGUGCGCCAGCGUGUUCGGAUUCGCCAGCUGCUGUCUGGGCGCGCUCACGCCCGAUAUCGUCAUCGGCCUGGUGGGCGACUCCCGGCUGGCCGUCACAUACAGCUACCUCAUGGUCUUCGAGGCCGCCGGAUUCAUGCUCGGAGCGCCGUUCGCCGGUCUGCUGUUUGACCACACGGCCACCUACCUGCCGAGUCUGUACACGGCGGGUGGGGUGCUCGUGCUCGCCGCGGUCAUCAUGGUCGUGCCGUGGAGGUACCGCGGCGCGCGACUCAUCACGGACGCUGAGGGUGGCCUCUGUGAGGCCGGUGAUCGGCCCGCGACUCCUGUCAAAGAGCCUGCGCACCCGGAGGAUUUCAUCUACCCGCCCUCCGUCGCCGGAGUCGGAGUCGGAGUCGUGUCCGGAGUCGAGGAGGAGGGCUCGCUCUGGGGCAGCGGCGGGCAGCCGGAGGUGGACCUGGGAGAGGCGGGCGGUAGUCGGUACAUCUGGCCGGGGUCGGACUCUGAGCUGAACCGCCCGCUACUGGAGGAGGCCAGCUGCGCCCAGAGUGAGGGACGCACCGCGGACCGGCCGGCGCCGGGCGGGGGCGAGCAGAGCAGACUGCUGGAGGACCCCACGAUGGGCGGAGAGGGACAACUGCUGGAGGAGGACCCCGAGGGGGACAGCGAGGAACGACUGCUACUGGAGGAUCCUGUAAUGGAGGGCGAACUCGCCGAGGAUGUCGAGGACCGUCUAUCGCCGUCCGAGCCCGCGCCGGGGGAGGGACACGCUCCCUGCUACGAGGGCUUCCCGGGGGAUUCGGCCGAGGGACCCGGCCCCCAGUCGGUGUACAGUCCCCUGACCUCCGGCCCGCCCCCUGACCCCGCGGGUUUUACCGCGGCGGUCGCAGCGCCGGCGGCCAUUGCGAUAUGUGUGUGAGGAAUGUCCGACCGGUUCAUCAGUUCACUGUGAUGUCAUCGAGCAAAGUAGCUCAGAGCUUUCCGAGGAAGGUUUUGGGAAGGAAUGCGUCAGGGAUCUCCCGAUGUGGGCCCGCUUUUGUCGGUCUACGAUACAUCAUAUGAGGCCACUAGGUACAAUAUUUGUACCGCGUUGGCGCUCCUCUGUGUACUUUGUGUUCUGAAAUGUCACAAGGUCCACGCUCAUGUGCUAUCAAUCGCGAAUGUGAUUACGAUUACGGAAGGUCGCUACCUCGCGCCAAUGACAGCGAUUUGCCCUCGGUAUAUUUACCGAUAUCCGACCAUCAUUGUAGCGUCGUAAUUUUCGGCCACGUAGGUACUCGUGCAAUGGGAAAGGCGCGGAGGUGCGCUCGACGUGUGAUAGGUGGUUCUGUUGCCAGCAAGACAGCUGGGCAAAUGGAACAGCACCGAUUGGAGCUGCAGUUCAUAUGUCAACACGUUGUCAAUAAAAGUGUGUAAAUAA